AUGGAGGAGUCUACGAAAAUCAACCGGAAAAAAAAUUUACCUUCCGUUCCUUCAAAUUACGUUAGUCUUCUUCAACUGAAAGAACGGUGGAUUAAAGAGAAAGAGAGAAAGCAGAAGGGAAAGGAAGAGAAAGAAGAGCCACAACAAGAGCAAGAGGAAAAGGAAACUAAAGUUGAAGAGCGAGUUCAUUACGACGUUGCUGGAAGAGGAAGCAGUAAAAAUGGGCAUUUUCGACGAUGUGAUAGUGAGAAUGUGAAGCACGUCUCGGAAGGGAAGAGCAGGGAAGAGAAAAUCGCGGCAGGUUCUGCGGUUAGUGAAAGCGAGGAUGUUGAGAAGGAGAAGAAAGGCGAGGAAUUGAAGAACGAGAAGACGAAGAAGAUGAAGAAGAGAUGGAAAAAGAAUAAAAAGAACGAGAAGGAAGAGAAAGCUAGGACAGAUAAUGAGCGGGAGGAAGUGGUGGGACCUGCUGUUAACCCGCCGCUGCCUGCGAGUAUGGAGAAUAAUAAGGGGGAGGAGGAAGUGAUUGGACAUGAAGUCCACGCGCCGAAGCUAGCGAGGGCUGAGGCGAGAAGAGAGUCGCAACAGAGGAUUAUGCCAAAAACUGAUGGUCAUACGUCGGAGAUUGGACGGAAAUUUAGCGCAAUGUCAAUUAAGGGUGAGAUUAGAACAGGAGAUUAUAGUAGUUACGAUAGGCAAAAUGGUAAUAGUGGCAAUAGGGUGCUGAAUAGGAGAUAUUAUGGGAAGUUUGAUAGGCGUAGAGAACAGAAUCAGAGAAAUGAAGGGAUGGUUUGGGUUAAGAAAGGGGAAGUUAGUGAUGGUAAUGUCAGUGGAAUUCAAAGCUCGAGUUGCUCUUCCAAGGAAUUAGAUUGA